AUGGCUCGAAAGAAGUCGUCACUCUCACUGGAAUCCAGUGAGACUGAUUUUGAGGAGUUGCCAGUAUUUGCCUUUCUGAAGAAGGAACCAUCUUCAACGACGAGGAAGCAGCCUCAGAGGGAAGAGAAGAUUGUGGUGGUUGAUACCUCAGAAUCUGAGGCCUCCGGUCCUCCAUCACCAAGGUUGGAAGAUCCACCGCCUGUCCCAGACGCAGCAGAAACUGUAACACAAACACAGUCAGCCAGGGUGCUAAGCAGUGGAAGUGAGGAUGAGGAGGAACUUAUUCCCCUGGCUGAGAGGCUUACUUGUAAGUUUUUGACCCACAAGCAGCUGAGCCCUGAGGACUCUAGCUCCCCAGUUAAAAGUGUUUUGGAUCAUAAAAAUAACGAAGGAGCGUCAUGUGACUGGAAAAAACAGUUGUGUCCAAAGAUCCCUGAUGUUCCCCUCUGUUCCACCUCAGAGAGGUGGACAUCAAAUAACAAGGACCCUAUGGUAGACAUGCCAUGCCACGAGCUUCCAACAUACCAUGCUACCUGCCCUCUCCAGAGCUACAACUUGACGGUAACAAAAACAAAUGCUGAGGUCCUUCCACCUCAGAAGAGAACCAAGCACAGUCCGAAGGUCCAGAAGAGAGGCUCAAAGGGAUGCCAGCCACGGGGACAAGCAAGCCAGAAGGAAAACGCCCUGACACAAUUGCAAAGGAAAAAGGAGGCAGCACCGGUCAGCAGGCCAAAAGCCCAGAGGCCGGAGGAGUGCCUGAAACACCUUGUUGUGGUGCUGGAUCCAGUGCUUUUGGAGAUGGAAGGUGGGGGCCAGCUCCUCGGAGCCCUGCAGUCCAUGGAGUGCCGCUGUGUGAUUGAGGCCCAGGCCGUGCCGCGCAGCAUCACCUGGAGGAGACGGGCUGGGCCGGCUGAUGGAGAGGAGGGCUGGGUGGAGGAGCCAAUGGUCCUGGUGCUACUCCUGGCAGAGGCGUUUGUGGUCAUGAUCCACAACUUCAAGCAGGGAAGUAUAGGCAGCACUGAGAAAGGGAAGGAAACACUUCGGAGCUUUGUAACUGACAUCACAGCGAGGACAGCAGGGAAGGCUCUGUCAUUGGUGAUUGUGGAUCCGGAGAAAUGCUUCAGCCUGAAGGCCCCGCUCUGCUUUGAUUUCCUUCCCUGCUCCAGUGCUCCAAAUCCUCCAAGGAGAAGGAAGCAGGAAGUGGCAAACAGAGAACAGGCCAAGAAGAAGAAAAAUAAACCACCAGAGGCCAAAACAGAGCCCAUGGUGUCCAGGGUAGACGUGGAGAAGGCAUUGGUGGAUCUGCAGCUACACACGCACACCCAGGCCCGAGUUGUGCAGAGCUGGAAAGAGCUGGCCGACUUUGCGUGCACGUUCACAAAGGCUGUGGCUGAGGCGCCCUUCAAGAAACUCCGAGAUCAAACCAGUUUCUCCUUCUGCCUGGAGAGUGACUGGGCUGCAGGGGCAAAGGUGGACCGUGUUGGCAGGGGACUUGCUCAGGUCUGGAGGAGACAGAUUCAGCAGCUGAACCGCGUCAGCCAGGAAACGGCCAGUGCUAUUGUGGCCGCCUAUCCCUCCCCACAACUCCUGGUCCGGGCUUAUAGGCAGUGUUUUUCAGAGCAAGAACGCCAGAACCUGCUUGCAGACAUACAGGUGCGCCGCGGGGAAGGCGUGACAUCCACCUCCCGGCGUGUUGGACCAGAGCUGUCCAGGCGAAUCUACCUUCAGAUGACCACAUUGCAGCCAGACCUCUCUUUAGACAGUGCAGACUAA